AUGGUUGAGUCUGGAAGACUAAUUUAUAUAAGGACACACCAAAAAAGCCUAAGGUGUGAGAGUUAUAGUGGAUUGACUGAUGCUUUGACAAGGGGUGAAAUAAGUCCUGCAGCCCAAGGUCGUAGAAUAAUACUACCUUCGAGUUUUAUGGGUGGUGCUAGAUACAUGAUACAAAACUACCAAGAUGCAAUGGCAAUAUGUAGAUGGAUUGGAUACCCAGAUUUAUUUAUAACUUUUACAUGCAAUCCGAAGUGGCCUGAGGUGCAACGCUUUUUAAAAGAUCAAAGGUUGAAGCCAGAAGACCGGCCGGACAUAAUUUGCCGCUUAUUCAAGAUUAAGUUGGAUGCUUUGAUAGCUGACUGUCGAAAGAAUCAACUAUUUGGCCCUGUGGCUGGAGUCAUAUAUACAAUUGAGUUUCAAAAGCGAGGUCUUCCGCAUGCUCAUAUAUUACUUUUUCUGGAGAAAAGUAAAGAAGUUAGGCAACUUCUCACUCUAGACAACAUAAUUUCCGCAGAGAUUCCGGAUGAAAAGAAAGAUGCUGAGUAUUACCAAGCGGUAGAGGAAUUUAUGAUGCAUGGUCCAUGUGGAAAAGCGAGGACAAAUUCUCCAUGCAUGGUAAAUGCGCGAUGCUCUAAACAUUUUCCUAAGAGAUUUGUUGAUAGUUCUACGUUUGAUGACGAUGGUUACCCGGUAUAUAGAAGGAGAGACAAUGGCAGUGUAGUUACAAAGAACGGUAUCGCCUUGGACAACAGGUAUGUGGUACCGCACAAUAGAUAUUUAUUGCUCAAGUACAAGGCUCAUAUAAAUGUCGAGUGGUGCAACCAAUCAAGGUCAAUCAAGUACCUGUUCAAGUAUGUUAACAAGGGUCAUGAUCGAGUAACAGCGGAAUUUUACAAAACAGGCAAUGAUGACGAGAAUGGCAAAGCAGUAGAUGAGAUAAAUAUGUACUAUGACUGUAUGUACAUAUCCCCGUGUGAAGCGGUCUGGCGUCUGUUUGGUUUUGAUAUACAACUUCGUGCGCCUUCGGUAGAGAGGUUAAGCUUUCACCUACCUAAUCAACAGAGUGUGAUAUUUGCAGAUGAUGAUGCGGUUGAGAACAUUGUGAAUAGACCUACGAUAGCACAGAGCAUGUUUUUAGAAUGUUUUGAAGCUAAUAAAACAUACCCCGGUGCCAGAGAGCUUACUUAUGUUGAGAUGCCAACAAGAUUCGUUUGGAAGAAAGACCUUAGAAAAUGGCAGCCACGAAAGAAAGGGUUCUCCAUAGGACGUAUAUUCUAUGUCCCGCCAGCUACUGGCGAAAUCUUCUAUUUGAGGUGUUUGCUCAACAAAGUUCGCGGCCCUAAAAGUUACGAAGAUAUUAGGACUGUAAAUGGAGUACAAUAUGACUCAUUCCGAGAUGCGUGUUAUGCAAGAGGUUUAGUUGAUGAUGACAACGAAUAUGUUGAUGCAAUAGAUGAAGCCAGUCAUUGGGCGUCAGCGGAACAAUUGAGGAGAUUGUUUGUGACAUUACUAAUGAGCAGUUGCAUGGGGAAACCGGAAAUAGUUUGGCACGCCGUUUGGCAACAUCUAUCAGACGAUGCCCAAUUCAAUAUCCGUACACAACUGCAGAACAGAGAGUUUGUGUUGACCGAUUCGCAGAAAAUGAACUUUGCUUUAGUUCAGGUUGAAAAGCUAUUAUCUAAUCAUGGUAAGAGUUUGAAGGACUAUCCUGAGAUGCCAACGGCCAAUUUUGGUGCGUUAAACAUUAUUGCAAAUAGGUUGGUUCAAGAAGAAUUAUCAUACGAUCGUGGAGAACAAGAGAAAGAGAAUCAAGAAUUGGUAAGGCAGUUAACAGACGAACAAAGGGCAAUAUACAAUGAAGUGUUAACUGACGUCGAUUGCCAGCAAGGUGGGUUAUUCUUCGUAUCUGGUUAUGGAGGGACAGGUAAGACUUUCUUGUGGCGAGCACUUUCUUCCGCAUUAAGGUCUAAGAGUCAAAUAGUUUUAAAUGUUGCCUCUAGCGGCAUAGCUUCGCUGUUAUUACCUGGUGGUCGUACGGCGCAUUCCAGAUUUGCUAUACCGAUAUCUGUUAAUGAAGAUUCCACGUGCAACAUAAGGAACGACAGUGAACUGGCGGAACUUCUUGUGCAAACAAAGCUGAUAAUAUGGGACGAAGCCCCAAUGAUGCAUAAAUUCUGCUUUGAAGCUUUGGAUCGAACUAUGCGGGAUUUGAUGCGCUUCGUAAAUCCAAGGAGUUCUGAUAUGACAUUCGGUGGCAAAACAGUUGUUUUGGGUGGCGAUUUCAGGCAAAUUUUACCAGUCAUUCCCAAGGAAUCCGAGUGCAAGGAGAUCGAGGAAUUUGCUAAAUGGAUAGCUAAUAUAGGUGACGGAAUGAUUGGGUGUCAACUGGAUGGGGAGUCAGAGAUUACUAUUCCAGAAGAUUUGUCGUUAAAGUGCGAAGAUGACCCUAUUGCUACAAUUGUUGAUAGCACUUUCCCCAAUUUCCGACUGGGACUUGCCGAUUUGUCAUAUCUUAAUCAUAGUGCAAUUUUAGCUCCAACAUUGGAUGUGGUAGAUGCCGUUAACCAAUACAUGAAUGACCAUAAUCCCGCUGAGAGUAAGACAUACCUGAGUUGUGAUUCUGUGUGUAAGUCAGAUGCCAAUGUGGACAUGUUAGCGGAUUUGCACACUCCGGAAUUCUUGAAUGCAUUGAGAUGUUCUGGAGUCCCAAAUCAUGCGUUGACAUUGAAAGUUGGAUCACCUGUUAUGCUGUUGCGAAAUAUUGAUCACACAUUAGGAUUAUGCAACGGUACAAGGUUGAUUGUUACAAGGUUGGCUGACCAUGUGUUGGAAGGCCAAAUCAUGUGCGGUACAAAUGCAGGAACCAGAAUAGGUAAUAAGGUUGGUCGGGCCAUCAAAGUUGAUACUACAACUAGUUUGGUCACUAGGGGAAUAUUCGCCUGUGUCUGUGUGGAGCUCGAUAUUACGAAGCCACUCUUAUCAAAGUUUACAAUAGGGCCGGAGAUAUGCCCAAUUGAGUACAAGGAGCUACAUCUGUUAGAUAUACAAUAG